GUGCUCGGGUUUCAGCUGGUCCGGGUGGAGCCCAUGCGGGAGAAAGGAUUUAGACGAAUUCAGUCCUGCUGAAGGGUUUCUAACGCGGCUUAGCGAGCACAUUACCCGCUCAACAUGACUACGACGACCACUUUCCAAGGCAUGGAGCCUGGCGCCAAAAACAGCUCCAGGGUGUUGCGUCCCCCUGGCGGAGCCUCAAAUAUUUCCUUCGGCUCAGAAGAGGAGAAGCCUGUGCGCAAAAACAAGAUGGCCUCCAGUAUCUUUGCUGAACCUGAUGACCCUCACGCCCACCGGAGGAACAACCCACCAGGUGGAGAAGCGUCUGGGGUCCUGUGCGGUGAACCCUCGGCUCCUCUGAGGCGAUGCCAGCCAGCCAUCAUCUAUGAUAACGGCUCUCCUGUUGAUCAGCCCGCCAACAGCACGGAUCAGACUGAAAGCGAGCAGGAGAACAACGAGGAGGUCGUGGAGCAGAAGGAGGAAAGCGCACAGCCUGCUGCCCCGUCGGCUGCUGCCCUCCCCUCCGGCCGGAGGAACCCACCUGGUGGCAAAUCCAGUCUGAUCCUGGGCUGAGACCGCCUUCACUGAACUUUCUCUGCUCUUUCAGUCUUUUUCACCCAGGUUUUUUUUUUUUUUUUUUUUUUAAAGGAAUUCCCCCUCCUUCACUCUUCUCGUGAGCCAUGGAAAUUUUUUUCCUCAGCUGUCUUUUCAUUUUUUCUAUUGCAAAAAAAAAAAAAAAAAACAAGAGAGAGAGAGAGAAGCGAUCGUUGACAGAAGCACUUUAUGUGAGAGGUCCGUUUCAGCCGCUCCUGCAGGAAUAAUGGCAUGAGAGAUUCAGAUCGACUUUUAAUCUGCCCUGGUGUAAAUCAUUAAAGGAAAAAGGACAAAAAAAAAAAGAUUUGUUGCGCAAAAUUUCUAAGUACAAAUAAAGAUUGAUAUGAAUUUCA